AGUAUUUCGAAUUUAUUUGAACUACUUUUGUUACCAGAAAGACUGUUUCACCUGUCUUUCCAUUGUCUGAGGAUGAGGAGCGUUUAAGUGGAGUUGAGAGGAGGAUUGUCAGCAUCUGGCUCCGGAACGAAGCGCCUUUGGCAGCGGCCCCUCGCACCCAGGUGUGCGGGCAGUCAGUCGCUCACCUGUGCUCCCCGCGGCUUCUGCCACCGCCAGCAUGAAGGUGACGGUGCAGUUCGGCCGCACGGGCAUCGUCGUGCCUUGCGGGGACGGGACCCUCAGCGUCAAGCAGCUCAUUCACCAAGCCGUCCAGAGAUACUGCAAGAACACCGCUAAGGAUGCUGGCUAUUCGAUUAAGAUUCACCAUUUGGAGUAUAUGGAUGGAGGGAUACUAGAUCCAGAUGAUGUACUGAUAGAUGUUGUGGAAGACAAAGAUAAGCUUGUGGCUGUGUAUGAAGAACACGAGGCACAUCGUGCGGAUGAAGUCGCCGAUGGCAGUGUGACUGACAGGCAUAGUCCGGACACGUUUGAGAGAGAGCUUGCAGCUCAGCUUGCAGCUUUUCAACCCAUUACAGGAGAAAUCGAAGUUACCCACUCCGCGCUGAAAGCCAGCACGCCACUCCUCGUACGGCGAAGCAGUGACCCACAUCUCGUACCACCCGCUCAGUUCCAGCAAGAUGCAUCUCAACCUGAUGAUCCCAAUAACAGGAACCUGAUUGUGAAGCCAAUCAUAACAAGACCGAACUGGACACCUACAGAUGAUGUAAGAUCAGAUCUUCCGACAUCGCCAGUCCCGCAUCCAAAAAGCACUUUAAGUGAUUUGACAAAGAAGGUAGAGUUUUCUGGAGAUGGCGGUCCCUUGGGAAUUCAUGUGGUGCCCUUUAAUUCUACGCUGAGUGGAAGAUUCCUUGGCCUGUGCAUUCGCGGUAUUGAAGAGAAAAGUCGUUCGAGAAAAGAGAAUCUGCUCCAAGAGAAUGAGUGCAUCAUCAAAAUAAAUGACAGUGAAUUAACGGACAAAGCCUUUGUUCAAGCACAAGAGAUUUUUCGAAAAGCACUACAAUAUCCUGCUGUUGAACUCCAAAUAGUUCCAAGUUAUAACAGGGAACGCUAUGAAAAAUCUGCAAUUGGGUCUAUUCUGAGCCACAUUCAUGAGGAUGAUUCAAAAAACAAAAUUCCUCCUACGCUAGGUUCUAAGCCACCCGGCAAACCUGCAGAUUUGCUUUAUCCCAAUAAUGCUGAGGAGAGCUCACCAUUGAUUUCGAAGAAGAUUAGUAGCCCGAAACAGUUGAGCAAUCACCACUCCACGCAUUCCAGGAAAGCAUCCUCACCAACAUCAAUUGGGGGACUUGGAAGCAAGAAACAAGGAAAAAAGAUUAAAAUUGAUUUGAAAAAAGGUUCAGAAGGUCUUGGUUUCACAGUAGUCACCAGAGAAUCAAGUGCACAUGGACCUGGUCCUAUUCUGGUCAAAAAUAUUCUACCAAGAGGAGCAGCAGUUAAAGAUGGUAGACUGCAGACUGGAGACAGGAUCUUAGAGGUGAAUGGUGUUGAUAUCAUGGGGAAAACUCAGGAGGAGCUGGUUGGAAUGCUGCGCAGCACUAAACAUGGAGAGACUGUUUCACUUGUGGUUGCACGCCAAGAAGAUAUCUUCAUACCCCGAGAAUUGAAGGGGGAACAGAACUGUAACCUCCCAGCAGACGAUAGAAAAGAGCACCUGACCUUUGAGAUCCCACUCAAUGACUCCGGUUCUGCUGGACUGGGCAUCAGCCUUAAAGGAAACAAAUCGAAAGAGACUAGAGCUGAUCUUGGCAUAUUCAUUAAGGCUAUUCUUCAUGGAGGGGCAGCUUUCAAGGACGGGCGUCUACAUAUCAAUGAUCAGCUGAUUGCUGUUAAUAGCGAACACCUGCUAGAUAAAUCUAACCACGAGGCCUUGGAAACAUUACGACGAUCCAUGUCAAUGGAGGGAAACAUCAGAGGAAUGAUCAAGGUAAUGGUGGCCAGGAGGAUGGAGAACCCCCAUGAGGAUCGUCCGGAGAUUGGUGUUGUGCAGCUCCACAAUGCUCGCCGCAUGAACAAUCCCAGCCACAUACAUACUCAGUCACCUGAUCCUCGAGAGAGGGACACAUUAGCCUACGAUGAGGGAGAUUUUGAAGUUCCGCCUCCCAUUCCACCACAUCCAAAUGAAGAAGAAGUUAUGGGUGUGCCCAAAAUGCGGCUGUUUCGUGAAGAUAAAAGCUUGGAGCUUAAUUCCGUUUCUCGACUGCAGCAGAGAUCCCUGGAUGGAGCUUUAGAAAGUCAGCCUAGUAUCACUAUCAAGCGGCAAUCUCCUGGAAAAAUCAGCGGCUCCAAAAGCAUGGAUCUGGUGGCUGAUGAGAGUAACGUUGGAUCUCUGGCUGUGCACCAAUAUGAUUCCACGGGGAAAGAUGUGGGUCCUAUGCUGGGUUUGAAGAAGUCUAGCUCUCUCGAGAGUUUGCAGACAGCUGUGGCAGAGAUCAGGAAGAAUGAACUCCCUUUCCACAGACCCCGGCUUCACAUGGUCCGUGGACGAGGCUGCAACGAGAGCUUCAGGGCUGCAAUUGAUAAGUCUUAUGACGGACCAGAACCUACAGAUGAUGCAGAUUCUGAAGACAGUUCUCAGUCAGGCCAUGAGACCCCGGGCAGUGAAUCUGCUUUGCAGGGGACCGCUGAGCUUGAAGAUGUGGAGAGCUCUGAUAGUAAGACGAAAAAAGGGAAAAAGAAGAAAGAGAAGAAAAAAAAGGUGAAAGCAAAAGGAAAGGACAAAAAGAAGGAAAAUGAGAGUCAAGAAAAGAAAGCCAAGAAGAAAGGAUUUGGAGCUAUGCUUAGAUUUGGGAAGAAAAAGGAAGACAAAGGGAAGGAACAAAAGACCAAGCAUAAAAGUGAUGUCUUGAAUGAAGAAGAGCUGGAGAGAAUGAAAGAAGAGCGUGACAGGAUUGAAGCCAAGCAUCAAGAGCUCAGAGAGAAGCAAGCACGAGAACGGUAUGAUCAGUUUCCUUCCACUGGUCUCUCGGUACCUGACAUUGAAGACGAUGACAUGGAUCCGAACUAUGCCCGAGUGAAUCACUUCCGGCAGCCACCCUCGCCCCACGGUGGAUUCAAGCCCCCUUCCCCACUGCUGCACCUAAUGAAUCCACCUCAAAAUCUGAGUCCAGAACCAGAGAACCUGGAUGGACUGUACGCCAAGAUCAACAAGCAGCGGCCUCCUGUACCUGAAAGUUCAAGACCAACUAACAUGGAACGUAUCCACCAGCUGAGGAAGGAGUAUCACCAGGCCAGGAGGGAGGGUGCUGUUCCAUCGUACGAAGAGCACGAAGGCAGGUGGCGGCCUGGAGACUACGAGCCCACUUGGGUACAGCUUCCUGUUAAAGGACCAAAUGGUCGCCCUAGAUUUGAAGAACUAGAACACCAGUACACCACGCUGCCAAGGCAUGUUCCUGGAGACCCAGAGGAAUAUCAGCUCCGAGCUUCCUACGGUGACAGAGAACCUCCCAGGUACCUAAGCACCCAACACCACGCCGUUGGAUACCCGCCUCAAGGGAACUAUCCACGGCAUGCUGCUGAUGCUCGCCUGGAUCCCAGGAUGCCUGAUUACGUGAGCAGUGCCAGACUACGGGAGGCAGUGUACAAUCCGCCAGCGCACUACAAGGGACCCCAUAGGCAUGACGUGCCUCCGUCCCCAACACAGACUUUUAAGAUGCCUCGCUACCACGACCAGGGCAAGGUGACGUACAGGGAGGGUAGCCCGGAGCGAUACAGGUAUCCCUACCAGGAUGGCCGGCAUCAAGACCCCAGGCAAAAGAAUGGCAUGACUGCGGCUGUCUAGCCUGGAGGUGAUGCCAAGACGUUGCAUUAUUGCACAAGGGCGGCACGUCAACAGGCAUGGUCCUCCACUGCUCCUGUCCCAUCAGCCAGAGAAAGACCAUUUUAUCCCCCCCUUUUAAGAAUAGGUUUAUGUCCCCGAAACAAGAAUGAAAAUAAACCAUGAAGCGCCAUCCACCCUGACCGGGUUUUCGGACAAUGCUACAGGAAGAAGCUGACUGAAAUUAACCCUGAAGUGGGGGGAUGCUCUUCCCAUAGUAGGGACCUGAUAAUGCAAUGGCCGAUUCUUUCUCAGAAUAUCACCUCACAGCUAUGUUGAUUCGGCUGCAAGGUAUUUGGGCCUCUGUAUAACAUUAAAAGUGGCAUGCCUUAUAAAUGUAUUAACGACAUGUUACUGGGCUGGAAGGUGAUCACAUGCUUCAGAUGAGCUUUUAAAGAGACUUUAUAUGAACUAUUGAACCAAAUGUAAUCAUUACCUCCUCUUCUAGGUAUUCUCCCUGUAUUCUUGUAUUAUACGUUGAGAAGAUUUGCCAUUCAUAAAUAGGCAGGUCUUCGACCAUUCUGUGAAGGAUUGUACAUGAUAUUAUUGGUAUGAAUGCCAAGCCGAGAUUCCAAUGACCUGCAAAGUUUCAGUGAAGAAGAACUUUGCCAAGCCAUUGGGGUACAGACUUUAGAAGUGUGACACCAACUCUGCUUGUUUACUGCUACAUUAAGGUAUUAACCAAGAAGAAACAUUAUGAAUGCCACAGUUUUUGACCAGUUUCCCAUAUAUGGUAAAUGGUGAAUGUUUAUUGUUAAUCCACCCUCUAUUAUCUCUCAAGUAAGUAGUCUCCGUUAUCAGCGGCACCCAAGAGUUGAUAAGUCUUCCAACAUCUCUUUUAGAUGACGUCACUCCCAGCCUCAUUCAGCCGCAGCUAUUCAAUUUAUUAUGUCUCCACAAACCAAGCAAUAAUAUUCCUUUUAAUAUGUCAAAUGCGCCUGUAAUAUCUGGUAGUUAGCAAGAUAUAAUUUGUGAUUUCAGAGUGACUGCUAGUUUCCAAGCCUGUUCUCCAUCUGCUAAGAGAUGCCGUUUAGUAUGUUCCAGGGAAUCAUCAGCCCCCUGUCACCAUGUAAUGAAGUCAUGCAGUUGGUUUAAAAUAUAUAGGACAGCCAUAAAUGUCAGUUUAAGAGGGCUUUUGUAAUUAACUUUAAUUAAAACUGGCUUUUUUCACCUGUAAUUAAAUAGAAAAUGUAUUUCUGGGGCUUAAGGCGUAUUUUGUGCAGGAGAAAUAUGUUGAGAGAAAGAAUUAAACUCCUGGUCGCAAUGCAACUUCAGUUAGUAUCAAAUAUCUAGCAUGAUGCCAGAUCUGAUGACAAAAGGCCUCCAGUCAUACUCUCUCUUCAGUGUGUCUGGCUCGUGAAUUGUAUGUAUCGCAACUGAGCCAAACAAAUGAGAAAGGUCUAAUUGCUGAUUUAUGCUGAGCGAGAUCAUCUUCGCCAGAUUGUCUGAAUGUGGAAGGGGCAACCAGAUCUGUCAACCUGCUAUUGCUAAGUUACCCAGAUAUUUUUGCCUCUCACUCACUCACUCGUGCCCAGGGCCACGAGGAACAGAUUUGUCUGCUAAUCCCCUGAGAUGCACCUGCUGUCACCUUCCUUGGUUCCAUGUACCUCAGUCACUCGCUGCUUAGUUGUUGAGAUAAGAUCGUGGAAAGUUACCAAGAUGAGGUAGCCAGCAAAUGGACACAAAAGGAGAUGGGAAGAAAUGCUACCUCACCAACUCUUUCCCCACUGCCCUCCCCUCAUUAUGCAAUCAAUUAUUAUUAUUAUUAUUGUUCAAAGAAUGAAAAAAACAUCCGCUUGAUAAAUCGAUUCCCUCGGGGAUAUUGUGCAGGUUUUCAUGACAAUUUGAUUGGCCUCUGAAUGAUGCAGCAAUGGAACAAUUUACAUUUGCUUGAAGCUUUCAGUGUGUGAUUAGUUAUCAUUUUAUGAUGACCCAUUGGGUCCUGAUUAACUAAUCCAUUACAUGUGGUUUCAGUAUGCCAGAAUUUCAUUAAUGUGGUUUUCCACCACAGAAUCAUUACCUAAGAGAGAGCAAUAGAGAGAAAGGGAUGGCUGUAAUUGAAUUGUGGUCACCUUGAGUGGAUCUUGCAAUAACACUAAAGCCUGUGACAUCAUGGGAACGGGAGAAGACCUUUUAUUCCACAAGUUAAUUCCACCAUAUCUUUAUUUUUGAUGACCAUAUACUUCACCUAAUCUGUGAGUAGAAUCAAGGAGGCUCCUUAAACAGGUGAUUCUUGGUUCAUGGGAACAUAUGGCAUAGAAAUGCCCUUUGGCCCACUAUGUCUGCCCUGAUCAUUAAGCACCACUUAUGCUAAAGCUACACUAAUUCUAUUUUAUCCUCCCCAACAUUCUCAUCAACUCCCUUCAGAUUCUACUACUCUCCCACUCAACCUGCACGUCUUUUUGAGAUGCUUGGGGAGACCAGAGCACCCAGAGGAAACCCACGCAGUAACAGGGUAAACUCCACACAAACAGGACCCUCAGUGGGGAAUGAACCUGUCACUGGAGCUGUGAAGCAAGAGCUCUAUUCGCUGCACAAUUGUGCAGCCCCAAAGAUAAAGGAAUAGCCAUUCAUUCCCUCAAACAUGAUCUGCUGUUUGGUUAGAUUAUGGCAAAUUUGUACCGAUUUCCAUCUUAAUCUCCUUGAAUAUCAAACUUCCUCAGCAAAAGAAAAAUCACCUGAGUUAAUAAUUUCAGUCACCCCAAAGGCAGAUUUCCAGAUUUCUACUAUUCUUUGUGCAAUCCAAAUGACUGCACUAAUUUAGUUGUGUUCCUUUACCCUGAACUUACCUAUUGAGGAAAUAUUUCCCACAGAUCUCUUUUUGCCAUCUACAAAAUGUCCUCACCUCUUCUAUUCUUAAGGGAAAGUCUCUCUUGUAGUGCCAGCCCCUACCCAAUGCCUUGAUAAAUUUGCAACAUUAAAAUUACUGUUUCAACCCAUUUUGGUGUUGUAUCCUUCAUAUGAGGUGGUCUCUAUGCUACAGUAUCUGCAGUGACCUGCUACUUUCCUGUUUCUAUUUGCAUUUUUUUUUUUAAAGUCUGGAGCUUUGGCAAAUUUAGCUGUAGCUCAGUAAAUCUCUCUCCUUGCUCAUGUGAUGACACUGUGAUGGAUGCCCAGUUGCGGCACUUUGUUAAACUCUGCCUGUUCAGAAUAUCCUCAGGUGAACGUUUGAAAGCUCGGUUCUCAAGAGAGAUGAAAUGCUGUAGCAGAAGUAGAGAAUAAUGGAGAUUCAGGAGCAAAGAACAGGCUGCAAUCAUUGUUAUUAAGAGUUGAAAUAUCUCCUGUAUAGAAGAAUUGACUAGGCGCGUGUGAUUGCUUUUUUCUAAUCUAAUGAAAAUGUAAAGAAGUUUUUGACAAAGUGUUCUACCCAGAACUUCAGCUUGACUUUCCUAAUUGCAUCUGAUGACUAGUUUUCUGUUCAUCAUGCCUGGAAUCUAACUUAAAUGUUGAUAUUUUAAAGAUAAGGAAUAAUGGAUAAUCCAGGGUGAUUACAAAUAUAUUCAUAAUUGAUGACUAAAAUGUAGAAUCUGGGCUGCCAUUCAGAACGACUGCUGUUGAUCACUUGUAAAUGACUUCUGGAUAUUCAUUCCAAUUAUGGGUUGGAAUGAGAUAAUAAAGACUCUCCGGAUACUGAAAUUAUGUAUGAGUCCUUGUAGGGAACAAUUACAACAACAUUGAUAGUCACUGAAGUAAUUCAACAUGUAAAUUCAAGAAGCCAAAAAUGUAAUGGGAUUAUGGAUUGAUUUGGAGAACUUUUCUCCCACCUCUUGUGCUUUUGUUUUCUCUUUUUUAUAAACAUUUAUUAUUAAUUAACA